UUGUUACACGCUGCGAGUGCCCGGUAAUGAUAUAGGUGAGCUCCGGGCCUGUUUCCGGUCUCUAUCGUGUCAGCUACCGGAGGAAGAUGACGAAGGGUACGUCGUCUUUUGGUAAGCGUCGGAACAAGACGCACACACUGUGCCGUCGCUGCGGUUCCAAGGCGUACCAUCUCCAGAAGUCCACCUGUGGAAAAUGUGGAUACCCAGCCAAGCGCAAGAGAAAGUACAACUGGAGUGUCAAAGCCAAGAGACGUAACACCACUGGAACUGGACGCAUGAGGCACCUGAAAAUUGUGUACCGACGAUUCAGGAAUGGAUUCCGUGAAGGAACAACCCCCAAGCCUAAGAGAGCUGCCGUUGCAGCUUCCAGCUCUUCAUAGUUCCACACAUUUUGCUUUGAAUAAAUGUUUGGUCUAAAAAACA